AUGAGUAUAAAUAGCAAGCAACUGCUGAAAUGGUCGCAUUACAUACCUGUUGGCCUGCCCAGCGACAAUAGUGACCCAAGAUUUCCCCAGAUUCAAGAUACUCAACUUGCAUUAGAAGAUCAAUUAUUGAACUCCUCCACUCCACGUGAAUUCAAUCUUAAACCAAACCCUGAAUUGGGCCAACAUAAGCAAACUACCGAGAAUCUGGCUUCUACAUUCUCCAGAGCGCUUCAAUACAUAACCCUGUUUAUUUACCGACGGCGCAAGAUUAUACAAAUCAUGAUUAUUUCCGAUAUAAUUAUACUUUUCGUGCUCCAUCUUUGGUUCACGUCUCUUUCAAAUGCGUUUCCAUUGAAGGAUGACAACCUUACAUGGUCACAGACCUCCAAGAUUACACGAGACAGUUUGGCUGAACGAAGACUGGCACUCUUUGACGUUAUAAAUGACAAGCUAAACCAGGAUUUAUUUGUUCAGCUCGAAGGUUUAAACCACAAUUACUUCUUUGACCUCGGUUCAAACACGGUGGGUACAGCUAGCUUCCCUAUGUUCAACCAGUACCAGCGCCAGCCAUACGUAUCGAACGGUUACAUUGGAAGUCGUAUCCCAAAUUUGGGUCAAGGUUAUACCCUCGAUCAGCAGAGUGAUUCCUCAGAAGCUACCAAGGACGAUCUCUCCAACGGUUGGCCAUUGUUCAACAAACGUUUCGCUGGUGCCUUCAUUGCAGGAUUUUAUGAUAUCCAGAAGAACACAACGGGAACAAAUUUUCCAGAGCUCUUAGAGAAUGGCUAUGAAAGUGUCAUUGCUGCAGUUCCUCAAUGGACUUCUCUUUCUAUUUCAACCGAGAAGGAUGGCCGCCAGUAUGAGCUCAACCCUGCAAAUCUGGAGCAUUUGGAAUCCACCAUCAAGAAUUACCUGCAGACCAUGUCCUUCUCUGAUGGUAUUGUAACCACAGAAUUUGUCUGGCUCGAUGACAUCUACGUACGGUAUGACAUUAUAGCACAUCGUGAGGACACAUCAUUAGGCUUGGUGAACCUUCAAGUUGCAAAUCUUGGAAGCGAGGAAAUAAGCAUUGAUGUGAAGGACGAGCUUGAUUUCAAAACCUCUCUGAGGUGCCAGCUUGUGGACGUCGGUAGCGACGAUGAUGGUAUUUUUAUCCAGUUUCAGCCACUGUUGCUUGAUCAGGUUAAUGCUGCGAUCUACUCCAGAUUGAAGGUAUCAACCAAGCCGGAACAAGAAGACAUGAAGUCAUCAGGUACAUCCGUCGAAAAUACCCAAACGUUUCAAAUCAAACCCAACGACAAUAUUAGUGUUGUCAAAUUUGCUGGCAUCGUCUCCUCAGACUUGGACGAAUCAAAAUAUCUGUCUGCCAAUUCUACAUUAGAAGCUGCCAAACUGGCAGCCUUCAAAUAUUCUUCGGGAGCAAAGGCACUUUCGACACAUAGAUUAGCUUGGGAUAAGCUUUAUGGUUCGGUCCUUUCAGUCACGGUACCUGACGACAGGAUGAUUACUUUAGCCAGCAGAGCAUCGAUCUACCAUAUGGCUGCGAACACUCGGCUGGACGCAAAGGGAGUCUCAGCAGCUCUCGGUGUAGGAGGGUUAUCGUCUGACUCUUAUGGAGGUAUGGUAUUUUGGGAUACCGAUUUAUGGAUGAUGAAUGGAAUACUUCCAUUCUUUCCGGAUCAUGCAAAAAGUAUCAUAAAUUACAGAGUCCACACUCAUGAACAGGCACUUCAGAAUGUUAGAGAUUAUCGUCCAGACUUCAAUGGAGCUGCAUAUCCCUGGACAAGUGGAAGGUAUGGAAACUGUACAGCUACAGGCCCUUGCUUCGACUAUGAAUAUCACAUAAAUAUUGCAGUUGCAAGGGCUGCAUGGGAGUAUUAUUUGAGUGGUGCUGGUGAUGACAAGUUUCUCGAAGAAACUGCAUUGCCAUUAAUUCAAGAUUCUGCUCAAUUUCUCUCCGACUAUGUUGAGUAUAACGAUACUCUCAAGCAGUUCACUACUAAAAACUUGACUGACCCUGACGAGUAUGCUAAUCAUGUGGACAAUGGCGCUUAUACAAAUGCAGGUAUAUCCGUGAACAUGAAAUGGGCUAUUGCCGUUGCCAAACAUUUGAACAAGGAAUACCCAAGCUCGUUUGAUAUUAUCGUCGGUAACAUGCAUCUUCCUGAAGCCAAUAACGAUCAAAGGGCUACAUUAGAGUACACUGGAAUGAACUCCUCUGCAGCUAUAAAGCAGGCUGAUGUGAUCAUGUUAACCUAUCCAUUCGAAAAUGAAUUGAUAUCCGAUGAGCAAGCAUACACAAACAUGGAACUAUACUCCUUAAAACAGGUCAGCUAUGGUCCAGCAAUGACAUUCCCCAUCUUCUCUAUCGUUGCUUCAGACUUAUCGGAAAGAGGAUGUGCCUCACAAGCAUACCUACGCAAAUCUGUACAGCCAUUCUUGCGUGGUCCAUUUGCCCAAUUCCUGGAGCAAAAUAAUGACAAUUUCUUAACUAACGGUGGAACGCAUCCAGCAUUUCCCUUUUUAACAGCACAUGGUGGAUUUAUUCAAGCUAUUCUCCACGGGUUAAUGGGCUUCAGGUAUGAUUUCGAGAUGGUUGAUGAAAAAAUACUGAGGAUCUUAAGAUUGGAUCCUAUUGCAUUACCAUGUUUGCCCGGAGGUAUUCAAAUAUCAGGAGUGAAGUACAUGGGUCAUACCCUCUCUUUGGCUAUAAAUGAAACAUCAUUUACAGUCAAAGACCUUUUGAGCGAAUCUGGUGCUCCGAAAACCAUCAACUUGAGGAUCGGUAAGAGGAACGUUAAACAUGGCAAAUAUGAACUUCAGUCUGGCAAGAGUUUGACCUUCCCAUUAUUCGAAACUCAAGUAUCAAUACCUGGCAGUAUAUCAGAAUGUGGCUCAGCUUCCUUUUACAACAUCACAGAAGGCUCCUUUGGAGAUGUGCCAUUGCUAAUCAAUGAUGGAGACAAUACAACUCAUUGGCAGGCAAAUUACAAUGAUUCCACUGCCAAGAUCUUAGCUGAUUUCAAAAAAACCAGAAACUUGACAGGUGGAUAUAUAAACUGGGGAGACAAACCGCCAACUUCAUGUUCUUUGUCUUCAUUCAACUAUAAUGUUCCCUUGAGUAAUGUUUCAUCAAUCUUAGGACUGGUGGAUUUUGGUACUGAUGUCCAUGAGAGAUACAAGUAUUCAAGAGUUCACGACAUUGUUAACCAGUCUGAUGUAUUCACUCAAGUUUUGCAAACUAAGGUGGAUGUUACAGCACCAUUUGAUCCCAAGGAAUAUGCAUCAGUAGAAGUACCGGAUCGAAUCAACCUCACACAGUUCAGAUUCCCAGAAGCUGUUCAAGCACAAUUUUUGUUAAUUGAAGUUUCUGGAAUUCACGAUACGGAACCAACUGAUGGAUCGAUAGGUGGAGCAAAACUCUACGAAGUUGUCUUUUAUGACAAAUGA